AUGAAAUCACACAAUGAUGAGGAAAUGAAUGAUGGUCAAUACGAGUAUGAACCAAAAUUAAAAAAGAAGAAGAUUGAAGAUCAUCUAAAUAAUGAUGACGAUCGCACCCGAUUGGUGUUUCUUGAUGGAAUUGAGAAACAUUAUAUGAAUUCAUUGCUUUGUAAGAAACUUUGCAAUCCAUCCACGAUGACUUGUUUGGAGGGGGCUAAACUUGUUGUUCGUAGAACAUUUGAAAUAUCGGAUGGAAUAUCAUGCAUUCAAAUACAUCAAAAAAAGCAAUGGUUGCUUGUUGUUACUUGUUUAAAAGAUGAUUCUGAUCAUAUUGGUUUUAAAAUUAUCAGUUUGGAGAGUGGAGUAACAUUGCACAGUUUUAGAUUAGAAAUUGAUAAUGAUGUUUAUGGAAUGUGUAUUGUGGAGAGUGAGCAUGGGGAUAAUGAUAUUGUCUUCUUGUAUAGCCAUAGAGAAGUACUAAAAAUCAAACUUGAUACAGAGAGGGAUUUACCAAUUUUGAACCAUAGAUCAUUCUUACAGUUUGGUGAUAUUACAGAUUUGAAAUUUAUUGAAUCUAGGAAUGAGUUAUUUGUGGGUUUUACAAACCAAUUAUUAGUAUUUGACGGUGAAUUUUUCGUGAAGACGAAGUUUGCAAGUGAAAGUGAAUUGUAUCGAACAUACUACACUCAUUAUAAUCCAAUUCAUGAUCAAUUAUUCGUAUUUUCUAAUAAUUACCCGGAACAUGUGUUAAGGAAAUACUAUGGACCAAACUUUUCAGAAAGUGAAAUGGUAAUGUACGUUGACCUGGAUGAUAGUAUUGGGCUUGCGGAAUUACUGUUCGAAAUGGAGCUUGAUAAGUUUUACGUAAUGAGAGUAGAAGACGACUUGUUUCUUAUCGAAAAAUCAAACCAUUUACUUCUCCAAAAAAUUGAGACUGAUUUGCUGAUAGAAAACUAUUCUUACGAUAGAGCUUCAAAAACAAUAUUUGGAUAUACUAGGGAGAGGAAAGUCUAUCAAUUAGAAUUACAAUUAGACACUUACUCUAUUGAUAAACCUUUGGAAGAGGAUGUUUGUUUAAAAUUGGAAAAACUUGGAUUAAAUUUACCUCGAGUAAUUGUUAAGGAAAGCAAUACACCAAAUGCAGUGAGCUUUUUGAAACAAAUGAGGUCGGAACCAAAGCCGUUCGCUGAACUUCAAUUUGAAGGGGUUGCGAACCAAUCACUAAUUUCUGAGUAUUAUGAAAUAAUUGAAAACAAGCCUGUUAGACUUGACAAGGUUAGAGGUGUACAUUAUGAUUUCUCUUUUAGUUUUAAAACAAUUGUACAGGAAGAUUUAAAGGGCCUUUUUCCAACCAAAUUUCCAAACGACGAAGUGUUUCUUAUUGGUGGUCACUCAGUUCGGUGCGAUAAGUAUUGUAUAGGAGUAUUACUAUCAGAUUUGCAUCAAAAUGGACAGUAUUUAACAGAUUUUCCAAUCUUAGUUAUUCGAGAAAAGAAUAUAUUUAAAUGUAAAUUAUCAGAUUUCCUUGGCACUCUAAAACCAUGCAUUAGUGUGAAACUUAAAAGGGAUGACGAUACCAAAGAGUUCAAGUUCAAGUUGCAAGAAGUGUACGAAGCUUUAAAGAAUAAUUCAUUAAUUUCUCAAAUUUCUUUAGAGCUCAACCCUACCAUAUUAUUAAAAUCUUACAGAAAUGUAGCAACUAAACCUCAGUUUAGUACUUUGCUCCAGGUUAAUCAAGAACUCAAGGAACAUAUUGUAACAAUCAACAAGACGGAAUAUUUAUUGGUAGAUUUAUUAGUCAUGGCACAAGCUAGUGGAAAAAGAGAAUUGAUACAAUUCCAAACUGAAACUUUUUAUGACUCUGAGAAUGAUGAAUAG